AAAUUGGAUUGAGAAAGGUAAGAAAAGUUGGGUUGUCUCCAUUGAAUGCCAUCUCUUUUAUUUCCAAACCUCGUAUUAAAUGCAGCAGCUGGAGUAUCCACCCACCUUCCCCACUCUCCUCUCCUCUCUCCCCCCAAAAAAAAAAAAAAUCUUUCCCUCUCACACACUCUCUCUCUCUUCUCCAUAACAAAUGGCUAAACCCCUUCAACCCUUUUCUCUCUCCCAAUGUCCUCCUCUUCCUCCGCCACCGCCGCUGUUUCUGCAAAUUCCACUUCAUCCAACUACUUCACCAAUCUCGGCCUCGGCUAUCCCAUCGCCAUAGCCCUCGGCUUCCUUGUCCUACUUUCCAUUCUUCUUCUCGCUUCCUACAUCUGCUGUCGCAGCGCUUCAUCCCAUUCCCAUCACCAUCGUAACUCCUCAUCUUCUUCUCUUCCUCGAAACCCAAACCCUAAUUCCGACGGCGUGAUUUUACCCAGAAUCAUCUUCGUUGCCGAGGAUGACGACGAAGACGAAGACGGCCGCCGUGACCUCGACGAAAGCUCCGUCAUCGGACUCGAUCAGUGCGUUAUCAAUUCGUACCCUAAAUUUCCUUACGAGAGGGACGUUGCGAGCAUCAAGGAGUCCACGUGUUCGAUCUGUCUUUGCGAAUACAAGGACUCCGAGAUGCUCCGAAUGAUGCCCGAGUGUCGCCACUACUUCCACCUGUGCUGCCUCGACGCGUGGCUCAAGCUCAACGGCUCUUGUCCUGUCUGUCGCAACUCGCCGUUACCAACGCCGUUAUCUACUCCUUUGCAGGAGGUUGUCCCUCUUUCACAGUUCGCUGCUGACCGUCGACGGAGUAGGUGAUGAUGAUUGUGCCGUUUUGUGGGUUUUCUCUACUCUUUUUUUUUUUUCUCUGGUUGGAUUAUUUGGGUCUAACUCGGCGGUUGUUUCACUCGUUUGGUACGGGAACUGUAUAUCUUUUUCUUUGUUGGGUUUGGUUUGAGAUUGAAAUCUGGAUAUGGCUUUGAAACAAAUGAGUGUUGUUAGUUUUAUUACAUGAAAUCCAAGUUGUUAAUUUUGCUUUCACUGUUACAUAUAUGCUUUGUUUAUUAAGCAGUUUCUUUUAUAUAAUUUACUACUUUCACUAAACUUAACGGUAUCUUUUUCAAUAUUUAUAUUCAUUUUUCUUUCUUUC